UUGAAAUUAUAUCCACAGGAAGCAACUCGAGAAACGAAGCACUGUUACAGGUAUUGCUAUCAGUGCUCGCUGAUCAAGCCCGAUCGGAGCCAUCACUGCUCGUCCUGUGGAUUCUGCGUUGUGAAGUACGACCAUCACUGUCCAUGGAUUAACAAAUGCGUCUCAUUCAACAAUUACAAAUAUUUCAUGCUCUAUCUUAUCUAC